UACCCCACAGUCUUUAAACACGGGGAAGAGGAGGAAGCGCAGCGCUCCGUAUGAGAGAAGCGAAUAGUGAAUAAUAUUAAUUGUAUCUGGUCUAAACUCUGAGUAUCAGAAUGAGUCGCUCCUAUAACGAUGAGCUCCAGUAUCUGGAUAAGAUCGACAAGAACUGCUGGCGGAUUAAGAAGGGCUUCGUACCAAACAUGCAGGUGGAGGGUGUGUUCUAUGUCAAUGACUCACUGGAGAAGUUAAUGUUUGAGGAGCUGAGAAAUGCUUGUCGUGGAGGAGGGUUUGGAGGAUUUCUGCCUGCUAUGAAGCAAAUUGGAAAUGUGGCAGCCCUGCCAGGAAUUGUACAUAAAUCUAUAGGCUUACCCGACGUUCACUCUGGAUAUGGCUUUGCUAUUGGAAACAUGGCUGCUUUUGACAUGGAUGACCCCACAGCAGUUGUCUCACCAGGUGGUGUCGGGUUUGACAUUAACUGUGGUGUGCGUCUGCUGAGGACUAACCUGGAUGAAGGAGAUGUUCAGCCGGUGAAGGAGCAGCUGGCUCAGGCCCUGUUUGACCACAUUCCUGUAGGAGUAGGAUCCAAAGGCGUGAUUCCCAUGAGUGCCAAAGACCUGGAGGAAGCGCUGGAGAUGGGGGUGGACUGGUCUCUGCGAGAGGGCUACGCCUGGGCAGAAGAUAAGGAGCACUGUGAGGAGUAUGGCAGGAUGUUGCAGGCUGACCCAAACAAGGUCUCCUCAAAAGCAAAGAAGAGAGGACUGCCACAGUUAGGAACAUUGGGGGCUGGUAACCACUAUGCUGAGAUCCAGGUGGUAGAUGAGAUCUACAAUGACUAUGCAGCCAAGAAGAUGGGCAUUGAUCACAAAGGCCAAGUGUGUGUGAUGAUCCACAGUGGGAGUCGUGGUCUGGGCCACCAGGUGGCCACAGAUGCAUUGGUUGCCAUGGAGAAGGCAAUGAAGCGAGACAACAUUGUGGUAAAUGAUCGUCAGCUUGCCUGUGCUCACAUCACUUCCUCUGAGGGUCAGGACUACCUGAAAGGCAUGGCUGCUGCAGGCAACUAUGCAUGGGUCAACCGCUCCUCCAUGACUUUCCUCACACGUCAGGCCUUCUCUAAAGUGUUCAGCACCACUCCGGAUGACCUGGACAUGCACGUGAUUUAUGACGUGUCUCAUAACAUCGCUAAGGUGGAAGAGCACAUGGUGGACGGUAAACAGAAGACACUGCUGGUGCACCGCAAAGGCUCCACAAGAGCUUUCCCCCCUCAUCAUCCCCUCAUUGCUGUCGACUACCAGCUGACAGGUCAGCCUGUGCUCAUCGGUGGCACGAUGGGUACCUGCAGCUAUGUGCUGACGGGCACUGAGCAAGGCAUGACCGAGACAUUCGGCACAACCUGCCACGGCGCUGGUCGAGCACUGUCCAGAGCAAAAUCCCGCAGGAAUCUGGACUUCCAGGAUGUUUUGGAUAAACUAGCUGACAUGGGCAUUGCCAUCAGAGUGGCUUCACCCAAACUAGUCAUGGAAGAGGCUCCUGAAUCCUACAAAAACGUGAAUGAUGUGGUCAACACGUGCCACGACGCCGGCAUCAGCAAGAAGGCCAUCAAACUCAGACCCAUCGCAGUUAUUAAGGGUUAAACAUGAAAGCCUCUCAAUCAUCACUACAGGGUUAAACCUGAACACUCACUCGAGCCAUCAUCAGAACCUACAGAGAUGAGUAGGUGUAUAUGCCAAGCACUUCAGAGGACGUGGAGUAAGCCCUGUCCCAGAGCCCCUGCUCUCUAUUUACAGGGACUGGCCUUUCAGAAUGUGUGCAGCAGAUUCUGUGCACAGAAAAUCUAAGUUCGAGCUGAAUAAGUUGUUAUAUUUUUUGUUUACGUUGAAGCUUUGUUCUUGCACAGGCGUGUGGCUAAUAUUUUUUGUUGUGUGAUUAAAGAAGCAGUUUGUGAAGGGUAAAAUAAAAAAAAAUAAAGACAGCAAUAAUAUCUA